AUGGCUGGAGGCAAUGCCGAGAAAGGGCAGCGCUACACUGCGGCCUUAGAUCAGGCGCGGAGUCAAGGGAAAUGGGAUGAGGUCCCCGAACUGAUUCGGAAAGUCACAAAACAUGCACCGCAAAAGACUUCCGAAUCGCGCGUGAUAUUGUAUCUCCAACAAAAGUUCUCCGCGGAGGACUCAUCCUCUUCGUCCAACCUUGUCGAGCUGAUCCCCGCCCUGUUAAUGACCAUUGAGAACAGCGAUGGUUCACCACAAGAGCUACUACAGGCCCAGGUCUGUUUGGGAUGGAUACAUUGGGUCCUGAAUGAGCCCGCACUUGCAGCCGCUCGUCUUCCCGCGAGCUUUGUGGAGACUGUCGAUAGCUUGGCUGGGGGAGGGGGAGUCCCGACUGCGUGGACCGAGGUCUGUCUUGUGAAGGGAUGCUACAUCAAGGCAAUUGCGCAAUCGAGUGUCUCCAGCAUCAAUGAGACACUGGAGACCUUUGCGUCUUUGAUUCCGUGGCUUAACAGCGGCAAGCUGACGUCGAUCACCACCCCUCAAUUCCUGGAAUGGUCCGAGUCCCUUCUGGGCAAGGGUGCUCUUUUGGCUAGUGAAGAGGCGAGCAAGAACACACCAUACUCGGAUCCUGAACAUGUUGAUAUCGCGCUGCGAUUGCUGCGAUUGUGGGCUGCUCAUCCUUCCGUCAAGCAAGGAAACCCCACAAAAUCGUCAAAUGCGGAUGGAUCCGGGCAGGUUUCUCGGUCCUCAGUUUGGACUGCCUACUACGGAUUUCUCACAAUUGUCUUACAGGACGGGCUCAUAUACACUGGCCCCAACGAUGGACCUGACCGCCCGCAACUUGCCAGCGAAUUGCGCCGUGUAGAAUCCAUCUGUGAGGGCAAUCUUCUCCGUGAAGUCAAGUUUCCUACUGCCAGCUCCCAGAAUAAUCAAGUCGAAGAAUGGGUAGAGCAAGUAAUCAGCAACUGGGAAGUCCUAUGUGGCCCUGAGUGGCGAGACUCAGAUCUCGGUGAAGGUGGCCAGAAUGCUGUUAGCCGCAACGUCUUGGAUAUACUGUAUCGUGCGGCGGCAAAGACUUAUCAUUCUCAUCUGGUACUCCGUCGUCUCUUCCAUGUCCAUGCCUCCUUGGCAGACUUUGACCUCGCCGUGAAAGCACUUGAUUCUUAUAUUGAGAUUGUCACUGCAGCUAAAGAAAGAGCGGAAAAGUCCGCCGAGUCAGGUGAAUUGGAGAAGGAUGAAAUCUUAUUGCAGACCCUGUCUGAAGGUGUGACAUUGUUGGCCUGCCACGGCUCCUUCGAGGAGGCAGAGAAAGCCCGCGACCUGACUGAUGUGAUACGGGAGUAUGUUGACAAACAUACUGUUCCCGUUGUUAACGGCGAAGUUAACGGCAACUCGUCGAAGUCGCCCGACAUUCCUCUGUCCGUGUUGGCCUUGUCCUACCGAGCCGUGGGAGUGGGACUUGCCAGCUGGGCCAGCUGGACGCCUGUGAAUGAAUCGCGAGAUGAAAUUCGAGCAGACGCGAUCGACUACCUAGAGAAGAGUCUUGAGCCAGAACUGGGUAACAGCUCGAGCUAUUCAUCUCUCUACACCCUGGGUCUGGUCUUGGCUGAGAACAGAGAUCUAGACACUGCAAUUGACUACAUUAAGUCAGCUUUGACACCAAGUGGUCCAUCCGUUGCAGUUGCCGAAGACCUCUCCAAGGAACGGGACUUGGUGUCUCUGUGGCAUUUACUCGCGCUGUUGCUUAGUGCAAAACAAGAAUUUGAGAUUGCUGGGCGUUCGUGCGAAGCAGCAUUUGAACAAUUCCCCAAGGAAAUAUUCUCGAAAGGCCACCGUGAAAGGCGGUCAUCCAGACAUUCACACAAUUCUGGAACACAGCGUCCCCUUCUCACUCGUCUAUCAGGCAGAGAAAAGGAACGUAUCAUCCAAACUCGCAUCACACAGCUUGCGUUCGUUGAACUCCUGGACGGCCCGGAGGCCGCGGUCAAUCACAGCGAGCAACUACUGAGUCUGUUUGGUACCCUUUUCCAUGAUCUGAACCUCGAAACCGGAGAGUCCAAGUGCAAGUCAGAGCAUUUGGUGCCACCAAAAAGCUCUGCCGGCACUACCAAGAGCUUCCGUGGUAGUAUCUUCAGCCGAAACAGAGCGUCUCAGCUACCAGACCGACGUGCCGAUCAUUCAAAAGGUUCUGACGUUAUCCCACCCACACCGGCUAUUCCCAACGGUCAUACAACGGAUGCUCCCUCGAUCCACAUCACGGACGGAGAUGCUCACAGCUACAAGGAAAAAGCCCCCACAAUUGGGCGGACAGAUUCAAAGAGACUUAAAAAGCGAAGUUCAAGCUUCCAUCGGAACGAGAGGCCACGCGUUGAAGAACCUCCGCUUCCUAAGAGUGAAGCAUCACCAGAUAUGAUUGGGAUUGCGAUGUCUGGCAACGCACCACCAGAGUCGGCAAUCCAUCCUUCCAAGGGCAAGCAAGCAUUGCCGCCAAUGGCACACAACACCAACUACAAAAAAGAACCUCUUCCUGCUGGGCACGUGGACCAGCCACCGGAGCAGGAUAUCCGGCUCCCAGUCACUCAUCGCUUUGAUUCUCCCGCAGGUGCCGUUACAAAGUUCUCCCUUGUUCAAUCCCAGAAGCAUGCACUGGGUCUCCUUGUCAGAAUCUGGCUGGUCAUCGCCGGACUCUAUCGUCGCGCGUCUCUGUUAGAUGAUGCUCGUGAAGCUUGUGAAGAAGCUUUGAAACAAGCUACACGAGUCGAAACACUUGUCGCAUCCCAUGAGUCGUCAGCUCGCUCAUUCAGCAAGCGUGGCUGGGGCUCUUCAAAGAGCUCGGAGGAGCUCUGGGCCGAUGUCUACGCCGAACAGGGGCUCCUGGCACAGGCUGCCUCGAACCCUCAUCAAGCUAUCAGGCACUAUGAGAAUGCCCUCUUGCGCCACCAGGACCAUCCGACGGCGACUAUUGGACUUGCUAAUCUGCUAUUAGACAUCUGGGAUCAGACCCUCUCCCCAGAGCCACUGAAUGCAGAUGUGGAUCUCAACGUUUCGCGCUUGUCAUUGCUAUCGGAGACUCCCAAGCCUAAGUCCGCCAAGGCUAUCUCAACUGAUGAUUUGAAGGUAUCUCGGGAGACCGAGAAUGCAGGCCCUGAUGAGGCGCCUUCUUCCGCACACGAUGUCGACCCCCAGCAGCUUCACCGUCUUGCAGCCCGGGAUCGCGCCUACGGGCUCCUUUCGGCAUUGACGAAGCUCGGUAGCUCCUGGGACAGCUCUGAGGCAUGGUAUGCCUUGUCCAGGGCAUACGAGGCCGGCGAGCAGGUCGAGAAAUUGAAGGAAGUUCUGUGGUGGUGCAUUGAACUAGAGGACAGACGGCCAAUUCGUCACUGGUCCAACAUCGGCUCCGGUCUAUAUGUUCUCUAA